GGUACCGUUUCCUUUCUAAAACGUGAGGCACUGCACUGCACUGCACUGCACUGCACGACUCUGUUUAGCUGCGCCUCCUAUUUGUUUUUCUGUUUUUAACACAAAGACCAACAGGGUUGAGUAAAGCACGCGGGGACAAGCGAGAGCACCAUUGGAACAUCACCGCGAACCGUUAUCUCUGAGCCGAUCCUGAGAAGCCGAGAUGUUAAUGGAGGGGCCCGUGUGUCUGAUCAGCACUGACUCUGAGGGACAGCUGUCCGUUCAGAAAGAGGCUAAAGAUAUUCUGGAUGGGAUAACCAGUCCGGUGGUGGUGGUGUCUGUGGUUGGACUCUACAGGACAGGGAAGUCUUACCUCAUGAACCGCCUGGCAGGAAAACAAAGAGGUUUUGCUCUGGGCAGCACUAUUGAGUCAAAAACUAAAGGGAUCUGGAUGUGGUGUGUGCCACACCCUCAUAAAAAAGAACACACCUUGGUGUUGCUGGAUACAGAGGGACUUGGGGACAUAGACAAGGGAGAUGAAAAGCAUGACACCUGGAUCUUCUGCCUGGCAGUUCUGCUCAGCAGCACUCUGGUCUACAACAGCUUAGGAGUGAUCGACAACAUGGCACUGGAGAGGUUACACUAUGUAACAGAACUUACUGAGAAUAUUCGGGUGAAAGCCCGUAAGGGCAGUGACGAGGAUGAGUCGGCAGAGUUCAUGCGCAUCUUCCCUUCUUUUAUCUGGUCUGUGCGGGACUUUACUCUGGAGCUAAAAAAAGACAACCGUGACAUCACCGCAGAUGAAUACUUGGAGACAGCGCUGGAGCUCAAAACAGGUAGUUCUGUCAAGAUUAACAAUUACAACCUGCCCCGGAGCUGUUUGCGGAACUUUUUCGCCGAGCGGCGGUGUUUUGUGUUCAGGAGGCCAGCGGCAGAUGAAGACCUGAGGAGGAUGGAAGAGCUGACAGAGGAGGAGCUUGAACCAGAGUUUCUGAAGCAGACCCAAGAGUUCUGUAACUAUGUGUUCAGCAACACCAAACCCAAAACCCUCACCGGAGGACGCACCCUCUCCGGCACUGUUCUGGGCAGUCUUGCGGAGGUGUAUGUGGAAGCCAUCCGAAGCGGGCGUGUUCCCUGCCUGGAGAAUGCAGUGGAGGCUCUGGCCCAGAUCCAGAAUGGACGUGCAGUGGAACAGGCUAUGCAGGCUUAUUUAACUGAAGUACUUGAUUCUGCAUGCUUUCCACUGGACCCAGUUCAGCUUUCCGACAUCCACACACAAGCUGAGAGGAAGGCGGUGGAAGUCUUCAUCAGCAUUUCCUUCAAUGAUGCACAGCAAACAGCACAGCUGGAUCUCAUGAGGAAAAUCCAGAGUGAGUAUGAGUGUUUUUGUGGCCAGAACAAAAACCAGUGUGAGAUUCAGUGUGGUGAGGAGCUGAGAGAGGUGUUUGCUCCUCUGGAGGAAGGUCUAAGAGACGGCACCUUCAUGCUGCCUGGAGGGUAUCGGAAAUAUCGGGACACAGUCCUGCGCCUCACUGCGGAGUACAGAAAACGCACACACACACUGUUCAUGUGUGAGGAAGUGUUAAAUGAGUAUUUGACGGAAAAAGAUGAGCGUGGGAAGAAUAUCCUGGCAGCUGAUCAGUAUCUCUCUCAGGCAGAUCAGAAGAUGGAAGAGGAAUGUCUGAAGAGAGAAGCUGUAGAACAGAAGCAGAGGGCUCUAGAAGAGCAGAACCGGCAGCAGGAGCAGGUGUUCCGUGACCAGCAGAGAACCUACGAGCAGCAUGUGACCCAGCUGCUGGAACGUCUGGAGAGAGAGCGAGAGCGGGCGAGAGAGGAUACUCAGCGGGUGGUGCAUGCCAAACUAAAUGAGCAGAAGGCUCUGUUGGAGGUAGGAUUUAAGAAGGAGUCAGAUCUGCUGCAGAAGGAGAUUGACAAUCUGAAGAAGGAGAUGAACAACGAGGACAAGUCAAAGCGCUCCACCCUCAGUCAGGUGGUAGACACCGUAGGGCAAGCUGCCACUCUCUUCCUGCCCGGAAUUGCCUGCAAAGCUGCGGGCUUCUUGACCUCCUUAUUUUCCCGAUGGCUGUGAUGAAUUAGCAGUUUACAGCGGUAAGCUGCAGGGGGCGCCAUCUUAUAGUGUACUGCAACAAUAAACUAAACCGCGGUUGAAAUUUUACCCAGAAUAAGUGUCAUGCGUUUAUUAAUAAACAGUCAUUACAGGCUUC